AUGUCCGCGGCAGGCCCAUCGACGGCGCCGCAAGGUCAGAAGCGAAAGUCGCUGGACACAGACGACGACGAAGACCUUCCUGGGCAGCAUGGGUUUCGAGACGAAGAGGGCGCAUACGAAGAAGAAGAUGAGGAGAAUGAGGGAGAGGGAGGCGACGCGAUUGAGGAGGCUGAGGAGGACGGCCGGUUCGAUCCAGAGGAGAGGCACGUCCGCGACACCGCUACCGCUGGGCCAGACGGACGCUGGGAGUGCCCCGCGCCCAAUUGCGGCAAGCUGUUAUCGUCCUUGGAGAUUAUGGUCCGCCACUGGAAGGGAUGCAAGAAGAGGCCCAACUACCAGUCCAUCCCUUGCCCGGGCUGCGGCAAGUUGUUGGCGAGGGGCGAUGCGAUGCGUCGGCACCACAGAAACCCAAAUGCUUGUGAAGGGUACGUCGCAGAUGAUGAGGUGAGGUCGAAACGCGGUCGAGGGUCUAAACGCGGUCGAGGUGGCGGCGGUGGUCGCAAGCGUGCUCGUCGUGGCUAG